CUUUCUCCCGACCAAUCACGGACCCCAUCGCGUCAAAACACUUCCGGUGUGCUCUCCAACUUGUCUUUCCACCGGAGCGGCUGGUGUGAGCGGUGAACACCACGUCGACUACAGGCUAAAAAAACACACAUAAAGAUGCCCCCCAAAAAGGUAGAAGCACCCAAACAGCCUCCACUGAUUGGAAGAUUUGGGACCUCUCUGAAAAUUGGAAUAGUGGGAUUACCUAAUGUUGGGAAAUCCACCUUUUUCAACGUUCUGACCAAAAGCCAAGCGGCUGCAGAGAACUUCCCAUUCUGCACGAUUGACCCGAAUGAGAGCAGGGUACCCGUCCCAGAUGACCGCUUUGAUUUCCUCUGCCAGUACCACAAACCAGCCAGUAAGGUUCCAGCUUUCCUAAACGUCGUGGACAUUGCUGGUCUGGUGAAGGGAGCUCACUCAGGACAGGGACUGGGAAACGCCUUUCUCUCCCACAUCAGUGCCUGUGAUGGCAUCUUCCACAUGACUCGUGCGUUUGAUGAUGAGGAUAUCAUCCACGUGGAGGGUAACGUUGACCCAGUGAGGGACAUCGAGAUCAUCCACGAGGAGCUGCGACUAAAGGACGAGGAAAUGCUCGCGCCAAUCCUUGACAAGCUGGAGAAGACUGCCGUCAGAGGAAGUGACAAAAAACUCAAACCUGAAUAUGACAUCAUGCUGAAAAUAAAGAACUGGAUAGUGGAGGAGAAGAAACACGUCAGAUUUUACCACGACUGGAACGACAAAGAGAUUGAGGUGUUAAACAAAUACCUGUUCCUAACGUCCAAGCCCAUGAUCUACCUGGUUAAUCUCUCUGAGAAAGAUUACAUCAGAAAAAAGAACAAGUGGUUGGCGAAAAUCAAGGAGUGGGUAGACGCUCAUGACCCUGGUGCUCAGGUGAUUCCCGUGAGCGGAGCUGUCGAGUCUAAACUGUUUGACAUGGAGGAGGAGGAGAGGAACAAGUUCUGCGAGGAAAACAAGACGCAGAGUGUUCUGACCAAAAUAAUAAAGACCGGCUACGCAGCACUGCAGCUGGAAUACUUCUUCACAGCGGGACCAGACGAGGUGCGAGCGUGGACCGUCAGGAAAGGGAGCAAGGCUCCUCAAGCCGCAGGAAAGAUCCACACCGACUUUGAGAAAGGCUUCAUCAUGGCUGAGGUGAUGAAGUACACCGACUUCAAAGAGGAGGGCAGCGAGAGUGCAGCCAAGGCUGCUGGGAAAUACAGGCAACAAGGGAGGAACUACAUCGUGGAGGAUGGCGACAUUAUCUUUUUCAAAUUCAACACACCCAACGCGCCUAAAAAGAAGCCGUGAGACCGACACGAUCGCUCGAGGACAAGCUCACAAUACAGUUUAGUCGGAGGCCCCAAAAGAGCUUACUGCUGUCUGCUGGUUUUCAUUCUUCUUUCUUGAAUUCAGAGGAUCAACUUACGGCCCAGUCGGCCAGAGGUGUGGACCAGAAUCUGUUCAGAUGAUUCUAUGUAAUAAUGUUUCUGUAAAAGAAGAGCUACAUUCCUACCUGUAAUACUUUGAGCUAAUUUUUCCAUUCACGCCAGUCAGAACAUUUUUCAAAACACUGUAUUGUAGCUGUCAUGUUCUCAAGGACGAACAGGUAUAGCUGAGCUGAGAAAUAUAAAAUUUCUGGUUUUAUUGGAAAUAACCUGUUGAGAAACUAACAGACUGUCUGUGUGUUUUAAUACGCUUCAUUUGAUCAAUUUGUUCACUUUUCUUGAGGCUUUUUGAUGAUUUAAGCCUCGGUGCACAAUUGAUUCCACCGAGUAACACCAGCUUGUCUUUCUCUCAUUAAUUGACAAUUACCGCCAUGAUCACUGCUAAUUAAUUGGCAAGCUCUCGCAUUGUAAUUAGCGCUUCAUUACAGGCAACUGUGUUUAAAUCUGUAAAGCAGCUCCUGUAUCCUGAAACACUUGUAAACAGUCAGCGAGAGUAAUAUAGUUACCUGCUAAUCACUGAUAAUUAAGUGCUCUUAAAUUAGUAUUAGGUCUAUUUUCUCAGUUCCUUUAUGUCUGAUCUAUAAUUAAACUUUAUUUUUAAGCUUUGCAGUACAUUUAAAAAUAGCAGUGAUGCUACAAUACAGUGCGUAUGAAUGUUUGACUGGUGCUGUGUUCACUAACAAGAGAAAAUGAAAGCCAUCACUCUGUGUUAAGCUUCAGGCCAGUGCUGUGCUGUAUUCUGAGGUGAUAUUAUUCAGAGAGAGCAAAGCCGGCAUCCUCUGCCGUGCCUGAAUCGAUAAUGUUAUUAUGCACACUGCUUUUAUUGACCUAGUUUGGGCUGGUAAACAAAAAAAAACUCUUCACAUGAUGAACUCCACCCUGCAAAACGUGACAAUGCUCCGUGGAUCAUCUGGACUAUACUGCUUCUUUCACCUCUCCUCGCUGCCUCCACGGUGUGAAUAUCUUUUAUUUCCAAGAGUACCAUAACAAUUCCCCUCACUUACUGAUCAACAUCUUGCCAAAUUGUGGACUAAGAAGAUAGAAAUCCUGUGACCGUUAAGACAGCCAGGAUACAAUAAAUGUCAAUCCUCAUCAAUAUGCAUGUGUCAAUAAAAGGAGAUAAACCUGU